AUGGAACAAGCUAACCCUGCCAAGACCCAGGUUAGCUUGUUCCAUCUCCGCAACUACAAUGCUGGGAGGAAGCUGUCCCUGAAAUGGAACGAUGUCUCAUUGAAACACUGCGACCACCCUGUCUACCUUGGAAUCACUCUUGACCGAACCCUUUCAUACAAACAGCAUGUUCAAAAGGUGAAGGGUAAAGUUGGGACAAGGAACAACCUACUACGAAAACUGGCAAACUCAACUUGGGGUGCCAAUUCCUCCACGCUGAGGUCAACUGCUCUUGCGUUGUGUUACUCUGCAGCAGAAUAUGCCUGCCCUGUAUGGGGAAGAUCAUCCCAUACAAAGAAAGUUGAUGCAGCACUCAACGACAGCUGCAGAUGCAUCACUGGCUGCCUCAAGCCCACGAAUGUGGACAGCUUGCACUCCCUGGCCGGCAUUGCUCCAUCCGAUGUCCGCAGAACAGUUGCAAGUAGGACUGAAUGCAGCAGACAAGUUGAGGACACCCGCCAUCCCCUUUACUCGCAUCAACCGGCCCCUACCCGCCUGAAGUCAAGGAAAAGCUUCCUUCAUACAGUCCAGCCACUGUCUCAACCUCCUCAUUCAACCAGAGUGAUCUUGUGGGAAGAGAAACGUUCUGAAAACCACCACCAUGAAAAGCUACCAAUCCCGACCAAGGAACAGCUGCCCCCUGGCCAUAGAUGUGAUUGGAAGACGUGGAAGUCCCUCAAUAGGCUUCGCACAGGUGUGGGGCGAUGUAAAUACAACAUGAAUAAAUGGGGAUAUACUGACGACACAGACACCAACUGCGAGUGUGGAACAUCCGUGCAAUCCAUGUCACACCUAUUAAGAUGUCCACUCCUAAACGACCAAUGCUGCCUGGAAGACCUGGUGGCAGCAAAUGAGAAGGCUCUCCAGUGUGCCAAGGCCUGGCAGAGCAUUUGA